UGAGUUCUUCAUCCAUAACUUAUAUUUUUCUUCAUACAAUUAACUUCCUUUUUUUUGAGGGAAAAAUAUGAAAACAGGAGACAAGUUCGAGAGAUUUUCAAGUUGUAGAGGUGUAGCUUUCGAAAUAAAGCCUCGUAACGAUCCAUUUUCCGUCCCUAAACCACAAAAUAUUGAAGCUAAUUCCCAUAGUAGCAAAAGAUCUUGGCUUCCAUGGGAAACUUUUAGCACAAAAAUUGUUCCAUCUUCAUCAUUCAUGCAAAGAUCAAUGAGUCGCACUAGUAGCCACUUUUGCGAUUUAGACAUAGAUGAAGAUGAAGAUGAUGUUACUUUGGCUGAUAUUGAAAAAGGCUAUUAUGAAAAAGAGGGGUCACCUUUGCAAAUUCCUCAAGUGGGGUCAUCACCAUUGCCAUUUCUUCCUCCGAAAUCAUUGAGCAAAUGCGAAAAUCAAAAGUCUUCUAAGUCAAGAUUAUCGAUCAUCCUUCUUGAUCAAGGCUUGUUUACAGUAUACAAGCGAUUAUUUGUGCUAUCUUUAAUUCUAAAUAUCACUUUCUUAAUUCUUGCUAGUACGGGAAAUUUUCCGUAUGCAAGAAAAAAAGCUGUCCUGUUUUCAAUUGGCAACAUUUUCGCUUUGACACUCUGUCGAAGCGAAGCAUUUUUGAGAGUGGUAUUUUGGCUUGCGGUAAAUUGCUUAGGAUGGUCUUGGAUACCUAUACGAAUCAAAACAAUUGUUACGUCUUUACUUCAAUCACUCGGUGGGAUCCACAGCGGUUGUGCAAUUUCUUCAAUUGCAUGGCUCGUUUACGCCUUAAUCCUGACACUGAAAGAUAGAGAAAACACUUCCCCUGAAAUCAUUUGUGUUGCUUUCGCAAUUCUUUCACUUCUCUCCUUGUCCUCAUUUACUGCCUUUCCUCUCGUUCGCCAUCUCCAUCACAAUUUCUUCGAGAGGAUUCAUCGUUUUUUUGGAUGGAUAGCAUUAGCACUUCUUUGGAUUUUCAUAACCUUAACGAUUUCUUAUGAUCACGAAACCAAAUCUUACAAUACUAAAAUUGGUCCCAAAUUGAUAAAACAACAAGAAUUUUGGUUCACAUUGGCCAUUACCGUGCUAAUAAUUAUUCCAUGGAUAACUGUGAGAUGUGUUCCCGUUGAAAUAACAUCUCCUUCUGGACAUGCUUCGAUUAUAAAGUUCGAGGGAGGAAUAAAAGCGGGAAUUUUAGGACGGAUUAGCCCAUCGCCCUUCUCUGAAUGGCACGCGUUUGGUAUCAUUUCGGAUGGGAAGAAAGAGCACAUGAUGUUGGCAGGCGCGGUUGGUGAUUUCACGAAAUCUUUAGUGGUGAAUCCUCCUAGCCAUUUAUGGGUUCGACAAGUUCAUUUCGCGGGCUUGCCUUAUUUAGUAAACAUGUACAAUAGGGUCUUGGUGGUGGCAACAGGGUCCGGAAUUUGUGUUUUUUUGUCCUUUCUUUUACAACCUUGCUCAGCUAAUGUGUGCCUUCUAUGGGUGACUAAAGGGGUGGAACAAAAUUUCGGUAAGGAGAUAAAAGAGAUGAUAAGCGGGCAUCCGAAGGAGAAAGUUAUUAUACACGAUACAGCUUUGCUUGGUCGUCCAAACGUAUCAGAAAUGAGCGUUGAGGCAGCGCGAAAAUGGGGAGCUGAAGUUGUUAUUGUUACUAGCAAUCCAGAAGGGAGUAGAGAUGUGGUUAAUGCUUGCAAGAAGUCUGGAAUUCCUGCAUUUGGUCCUAUUUGGGAUUCUUGAGACUUGGAUUUCAGUUCCUUUUUAAGUCAUAAACUACUCCUUUUGUAUUUGUCUCCAUUCAGUUUACCUAACGUAACUAGAUUCAAACUGUGGAACGUCUUCGGGGAGGACGACCACUAUUGAAAAAACAGAAAUUUGCGACAGACAUAUUUGUAGGUAAACAGCAAACUUCGUUACUAAUCUUAUUUAGCCAAGGGUUAUCAAUGAAUUAUCUUGGGUUAAUUGUUUGAAUA